CACAGGAAGAUCACACCAUCCCUCACCAUCAUCAGGGUGAAGAACGGAUUAAUAUAAAAGUUGAGGUUAAAGAAGAAGAAGUGGAGACGUAUGUGGGGGGUGAUCAGCCAUCCGCGGAGGAGGUUGGGAUGAUUAUAAAGCGUGAACAGGAUGAAAGUACUCUACCUACCAACACAGAUGGAUGUGAUGUGAGGAAUUCCUCGGAGAGACAUCUUCUAUUAUCUGCUGAUUGUAAGUCAGAAGAUAAUGUCAUCACACAGGAUCCUCCAGGAGGAAAUCCAAAUACACAAAAUAUACAUCACAGACCUUCCUGUCCGGAGACAUCAAUGGAUCCCUCUGAUCAGGGGGAAUCUUCUCAUCAAUCACAUACUAUGAUUGCAAAUAUCCAUGUAAUAUCUCACACUGCAGAUAGAUCAACAGAUCCUUCUAAUCCCGAGGAAUCUUCCUCAUCCCAUGAAGGAGCUCACCGAGGUCCGAAUCCAUUCUCAUGUUCAGAGUGCGGGAAAUGUUUGACUCACAAAGGAGCACUUAUUGAACACCAGAGAAUUCACACCGGUGAGCGUCCCUAUUCAUGUCCAGAGUGCGGGAAAUCUUUUAAUUCUAAAGGAGACCUUGUUAAACACCAGAGAAUUCACACUGGUGAGCGUCCUUAUUUAUGUACAGAGUGCGGGAAAUCUUUUACUUGUAACGGAGACUUUGUUAAACACCAGAGAAUUCACACAGGUGAGCGUCCUUAUUCAUGUACAGAGUGCGGGAAAUCUUUUAUUUCUAAAGGAGACCUUGUAAAACACCAGAGAAUUCACACAGGUGUGCGUCCUCAUUUAUGUACAGAGUGCGGGAAAUCUUUUAUUUCUAAAGGAGACCUUGUGAAACACCAGAGAAUUCACACAGGUGAGCGUCCUCAUUUAUGCACAGAGUGCGGGAAAUCUUUUAUUUGUAACGGAGACCUUAUGAAACACCAGAGGAUUCACACAGGCAAGCAUCCUCCUUCAUGUUCAGAUAAUGGGAAAUCUUCCACUAUGAAAGGAAACCUUGUGAAACCCCAGAGAAAUCACACAAGUGAGAGUCCUAAUUCAUGUUCAGAUCAUGGGAAAUCUUUCACUAUGAAAGGAAACCUUGUUAAACCCCAGAGAAAUCACACCAGUGAGAGUCCUAAUUCAUGUUCAGAUCAUGGGAAAUCUUUCACUUUAAAUGGAAACCUUGCUAAAUACCAGAAAAUUCUCAUGGGUGAGCGUCCUUAUUUAUGUUCAGAGUGUGGGAAAUCUUUCCUUAAAAAAGUAAGCUUUGUUGAACACCAGAGAACUCACACAGGUGAGCGUCCUUUUUCAUGUUCAGAGUGCGGGAAAUCUUUCACUCUGAAAGGUAACCUUGUGAAACACCAGAGAAUUCACACAGGUGAGCGUCCUUAUUUAUGUUCAGAAUGUGGAAAAUGUUUCACUCAUCAAGGAGACCUUGUUAGACAUAAGAGAAUUCACACGGGUGAGCGUCCUUAUUCAUGUACUGAGUGCGGGAAAUCUUUCAACCAGAAAGGAGACCUUGUUACACAUCAGAGAAGACACACUACACAACGUCCUUAAUGCAUUCCGAUGAAAAAAAGUCUGAUUAGACUUCAGAGGGAAAACACCUGUCGUUUCCGUUGACAACUGUACAAUGCUUUUUACUGGUCAAAAUGGUAUGUCCAUAGCAGCAGAAAUUUUUUUUUUUCGUUUAUAAAGGGGUGCAUCCUGACAAAAGUGAUAUCAAAUUUAUAGGUGUAGUUUGAUAGGUCAAGCUGUCGGAGAAGGUAGUGUGGAUGGUGGAGAAGAGGUGUCAGAGAAUGUAGUGUAGAUGGUGGGAGGAGAGCUUUUGGAGAAUGUAGU